AUGCAUAUCGAGACGCACUUUGUUGCCCGGGACGGCAAGGCGGACCGUCUGGAGCUGGAGCUUCUUCGAACGCUCAAGGGACAAAGGCGACAGCCCGCUGGCAAUAUCGCAGCCGCCGUCGUGCGAAGAAUUGACCAUGCGCUGGGCGUAGCUUCCUCUUCUCAGUCCGGCUUCGAUGAAGGAUUCGCUCACUCGACAACGUACCGUCGCUCGCGCACAAAUGACUUUACUAUUCGUACCGAGUGUCCAGGACAACAUAGACGGCAAAGAGAGUCGGCAGAAGCUCCAGACGUACGAGGAGCAUUCGUCAUGCACGAAGCCAUCAAGCACCGCUUCGUCGACAAGUUGCAGUUGGCCGAUGCGUGCGACAGCACUACUUUGCACCUGUCGAACGAGGAACCAACUGCACUCUUCGAACUGCAUUCGCAAGAACAGGAACGGAUAAGAGAAGAGCAUCAGGCCAAGCACAAUGAGGAGUGGUCGGCCGCGUGGAGCCAAGUGGAAAGACAAUUAGGGCCAGGAAGGAGGGUCGAUGGCGGAACAAGCACGGCCAACCGAAGCAAGAGCAGGCCUGCGUGGACGUGUCCUUAUUUGCAGGCCGCACAGCUCGAUUCGCGUCUUGAAAGGGAGCCGCUUCUCUUUGUCGAGUCUAGGCUGGCAACGCAAAGGAGAAGCGCAAAGCUGUAA